AAUGAUGAUUACUAAAAUAAGAAAAUACAAGAAUGGGAUAAGAUAUCAGAAAGGAUCGGAAUCGGAAAUGGGGAGUUUGGCAUGGAAGCAGCUUCUUCUCAACGCAUUGGAAUCCAAUAGUCACCUCAAACACUCUUCUUUCAUCAGCUUCGCCACCGUAGGAACCAACGGAACACCUUCGAAUCGCACUGUCGUUUUCAGAGGAUUCCAAGACAACACUGAUAACAUCCAAAUCCACACCGAUGCCCGCACUCGCAAGUUGCUGGGAAUUGGAUUAUGGUUUAAGAUUGAAGAGCUCAAGCUUUGCUCCUCUGCUGAGAUAUGUUGGUAUUUCACAGAUUCCUGGGAGCAAUUUCGGAUAAAUGGGAAAGUAGAUAUCAUUGAUGGGUCGAAUCCUGAUCCACUAAAACUUCAGCAAAGAGAAAAUUCCUGGUUUGCCAGUUCGCUGAGAUCAAGGUCGCAAUAUUUGUGGCCCAACCCUGGACUUCCCUGUCUAAAUGAGCAAGCACAGCCAGAAAUAUCGUUAGAUCCUUCUACAGGUCCAGUUGAUGCUUUUUGUCUACUGAUCCUAGAACCUAAUCAGGUUGAUUACUUGAAUCUGAAGAGUAACCAGAGGCUCACAUUCAAAUCAAGUGUGAGUGAUGCAGCAAACAAAAAUUGGGUUGUGGAGAGGGUCAACCCAUAAUCUGUUCUCUAUCAUUGUCAUGUUCACAUUUCACUGCAAACAACAAUUUGCAUGUUCUGAGAGUAUUUGAGAGGGGAUUGACUGGAAACAUGCUCGUAGAAUUUUCAUUUUACAAUGGUCCCCAGAUUAGCUUUGAUGCUGCCCCUUGAAGGUUGUGCUUGCUCAAUAAUAACCUAGUAAAAUUGGAUGUGAAUUAGCUUCAAGUGUUAUCUAUGUGGACACCUCCCGGGGAAUUAGUAUAGAGGUGGAACCUUGGACGAGAACUGGAGUCACUAUUUAUGAAAUGGAGUCUCUAUUUAUCACUUUAUCUUCGAAUAACACUAUAUUUUAGUUUAUUUCAGAACUCUGAUCGAUUAGCAGAUAUAAAUCAAACUA